AUGAAGGCGGAGGGAGAGAGGGAGGCUGAAGAGAGGGAAGGGGCAAGCACGAAACGUGCGCAGGACAAGAACGAGGGCACGGGCAAAGGACAGGCCCAGAUGAAGCAGAGGGCAAGGGGCAAGGAGAAAGGCAAAGGGAAUCGGAAGAAACAGAUGCAGAGCGGAGCACAGCAGGGGGCGGCGAAGAAGGAGGAGGAGGAGGAGGAGGAGGAGGAGGAGGAGGAGGAGGAGGAGGAGGAGGAGGAGAGCGAAGGAUUUGUGAUUGAGGGUGUUCCGCGCACGCAAUCGGAACAGAGGCGGGCACUCAGCAUGUCUCGCUUGGCUGCUCAGCUUCCGCAGCAGCAGGUGGUUCUUGCGGACGCGACAGUGUCCAGCUCAACCGUCGGUGGGGAUGCCAACGAGGACGGCAGCAGCAGCAGCAACAGCAGCGGCGGCGUCAACGACCACGGCAAUGGCAGUGACGGAAACAGCACGCGCACAAGUGGAAGCAGCAACAACAGCAGCCGGAGGGGUGACACGGCGCGGCAGAAGAGCAAUUGGCAUCGGAAGGCAAAGAAGGAAGCAGACAGCAGUGCCAGCAGUAGUGCCAGCAGCAGCAGCAGCAGCAGCAGCAGCCGCAGGGAGGACAAGAUGGGCCGAAAGCGGGGAGCAAAGACAUCAUCAUCGCUGCAUCGUCGGAACAAGUCGACAGCAGCAGGCCGCGGCGGCGGUCUUACACGGCGACGCAGUUCCAUGGCGCUCUCCGUUGACGAAACGCCCUCGCAGCAGCACCUCAAGUUCCUCAUGACGCAGCUGUCGGACCUGCGGGAAGAGUCGCGCACACACGAUGGCGGCGAUGGAAGUGACGAUGACGACAGCCUUGAUAGUGAUGCUGGCACUGCCCUGUCCUCGGUUGUAUCCAGCGCACACUCCAUCACCACGCAUUUGUGACGUGUGUG